UGACUCGCCUGCGGCUAAAAUUUGGACGGUGAGCCGCUGCUGGAGGCAAUGUGGAUACAGUAUUCAGGUUUUCAUUUUAUAAAUAAGUGCGUCAAUACUUACGCAAACUGGCGGAAAUGUAGAUAGAGGCUUGUCUUUUUCACUUCUUUCUUUUCCCGGUUCUGUGAGUGGUGUUCCUCGAGCGCUUUACAUGCGGACUGUCAUUCAGAAAUACUACAGCCUCACGUGUUUGACCUUAGUCUAUCUAUUUUAGAUAUUUUUUCCUACAUUUACUCUCAUAUUUGUCGCUCGCGUCGUUGCAGCCUGCUUUGUACACUUUGACAUAGUCGACUUCACUACAAGUUGGCGUUUCGGCAGACAGACGUUAUGUAAAUUAUUGUUGGUUUGAAUCACGGAUUAAGUUAUCGCAAUCAUAAAACCAUUGGAGAGGAGGUGAAGGACUCUUUUUUCUGGAGAAAGGCAUGGUAUACGUGCAGGUCAUCAGAGGGUAACACACUGUGGAGAGCUCAUCACUUUUUUACAAGGCUGAGAAUUCUUCUUUCUGAAAAUAAACCCAAAAUGGAGCUUCUCUGGGUCUAUCUGUUGCUGAAGGUGGUCCUGAUGUCGGCUGCUGCCAGGGGUCCACCCAGGGUGUCAGAGCGGGUGGCCCACCGGCAAAGCAUCCGCCUGGGUCGCACCAUGAAGCUGCCCUGCCCCGUGGAGGGUGACCCCCCACCGCUCAUCAUGUGGACCAAAGAUGGUCGCAACAUCCACAGUGGCUGGACGCGGUUCAGGGUCUUACAGCACGCUCUGCGUAUCAAAGAGGUGGAGACUGAAGAUGCAGGGACUUACAUCUGUAAGGCUACCAAUGGGUUUGGCAGCGUGAACAUCAACUACACACUCAUCGUUAUAGAUGACUCCAGUUCAAGAGGUGGAGCAGCGACGGCCAAUGGUGACUCUGAACACGCCCCAGAGCUGGCCGGGAAACUGGUACGUCCACGUUUCACCCAGCCGUCAAAGAUGAGGAAGCGCGUCAUCGCUCGCCCAGUGGGCAGCUCAGUGCGUCUGAAGUGUACAGCGAGCGGUAAUCCUCGCCCCGACAUCGUCUGGCUCAAGGACAGUCGGCCGCUGGUGGACGAGGACGCUGAAGGAGGAGGAGAAGGGGAAGGAAAGAAGAAGAAGUGGACUCUGAGUCUGAAGAACCUGAUGCCGAAGCACAGCGGGAAGUACACCUGCCACGUGUCCAACAGAGCAGGAGAGAUUAACGCCACCUACAAAGUGGAAGUCAUACAGCGUACCAACUCUAAACCAAUUCUGACUGGCACUCACCCUGUCAACACCACCGUGGACUACGGAGGAACCACAUCUUUCCAGUGUAAAGUCCGCAGUGAUGUCAAGCCGGUAAUUCAGUGGCUUAAAAGAGUCGAACCUGGUGAUGAGAACAAAUUUAACUCCACCAUAGAGGUUGGAGACCACCGCUUUGUGGUCCUGCCUACAGGGGAGGUUUGGUCGCGUCCUGACGGAUCCUACCUUAACAAGCUGCUGAUAACCAGAGCCAAGGAGGAGGAUGCCGGCAUGUACAUCUGCCUCGGAGCCAAUACUAUGGGCUACAGCUUCAGGAGUGCCUACUUGACUGUGCUACCAGACCUGAAGCCCCAAAACAACGUUGUCCUCACAGCAACAUCCCCGAGCCUCCCCUGGCCCGUCAUUAUUGGAAUACCAGCAGGGGUCGCCUUCAUCUUAGGCACCGCCCUCCUCUGGUUCUGCCAAUCAAAACGAACCUGCUCCUCUUCAUCUUCCUCCGCUCUUCCCCCUGCCCCGCGUCCACCUGCAGCCAGUCGUGACCGUGCCUGCCCAGCGCUGCCUCCUCAGACGGCCAACGGGGAUAAAGAUUGUCUUUCAUAUGAAGACUACGUUGCCCAUCAGCAGCUGCUCCUGGCUCAGGGAGGCAGUGGAUUGGCUCCCAAGGUCUACCCGAAGAUCUACACGGAUAUACACACACACACGCAUUCACACGUGGACGGGAAAGUGCACCAGCACCAGCACAUUCACUACCAGUGUUAACACGCUUUGGUGUUUCACAUUCAAUUCUUACAUGAACAUGUCCCUGUGCAUGCAGACUUAUUCACAACAGGCCAUACUAGCUGCUGACAUACACUGCAAUGAACAAGGAAAGCCACACGCAAGACACCAUGCGGAGUCAUAUUCAGAAACAUGGAGUCACGCAACUCUUCCUCAUUCUGCUGCAGCCACGUUACUGUGUAAACACAGACUUAUUCAAGACACAAACAAUGAAGAAUGUAAAGAAAGAAGACAAAGAUCCGUAUUUUUAGCCAACCCAGUAAAAUCUAUGAGAGAAAAAUCCCAAAACGUGUUUUAUUCAAAGCUCUUUUUAUAUACAAAUCUUUUCUGUAGAUUUUUCAAUCCCUUUUUUUUUUUUUUUUUGGCUCAAAGGCUUUAUUGAAGCAACAAUACACUCUGCAGUUUCAAGGUAACUUUAUCUGUUUUUUUUAACUUUGAACACAACCACAACCUCCUCGGUAACAGUAGAAAUACAGCUCACCUACAACUAUAGCUACUCAUGUUUAUAGUGAAAUACAAUUAUAUAGCAUUUAGCACGCUACUUCAUCCUGGGUAAUCUAUAAAGAACAAUUUAGCAUGUAUGUAAUGUAAUAGCUUAAUUUCAGAGUAUAUCUCAGGCAUCAGCCCAACUGAGCCAUUAGAAACACAAACUAAGGCAAACUCCCACUGUAUCAGUACCCUCUGCAAGGAUGCGGGCUGCUGGGUUUUGCUUCUGCUGGGCCGCCAACUCUUCUGAGAAAGGUCCAGCUGCUGUCUGGGUACUGUGUGAAAAAGAGCGGAUGUCAACUGGGUAUGCAUGGAUUUCUCUUUGUAGAAUGUUUUUAGCAGACGCUACAGUGGGAUUUCUGCACCAAGGAGCUCCUCCAGACCACAGUUGUAGAAGCAAUCAUUAGAUCUGUCCCAAGUACACUCUACUGACCAUUUCUGCCCCUUAAUUUCCUGGAGAAAGUUGGCAUUUCCUGUUUCGCAUUGUCGCCUUUUCAGCUUUGUUUGAUGCUCGCUGACUUUAGAAGAGAGGGAUGAAGGACAUCAGUUGUUCUCAUGUCAUGCGUUCACCUCUUAAAACCAACAGUGCAAAGGGAUCAUCAACAGUGCCUCAGUGCAAAUUAGUGCCUUAUGAGAAUUGUUUCCAGAUUUGGUGGAUCACUGUUGGAUCAUUGGAUAUGUCACAGACUCUUGUUAAUCUGUUAUGAGAUUUAGAGGGCUUAAAAGAGAGGAACUUCAACUCUCCAACUUAAAGUCCUCAACUUCUCAAAGCACCUCGCAAUAUGACCUCAAGUAUAAUGGAACGGGCUUUGCAUGUGCUCUGUUCUACACAUGGUCUGCCACGAAGCAGAGGGACUCAUCUGUUGUCUCUUGUUUUUAUCUAAAGAGGAAAUGUUUUGCCUUUUCAUCUGCAUUUUAGAUGCUAAAAUGGUCAAAUAAUGGAAUGUAGCUUUAAACUAAAACAGAUACCAUUAUCACAAAAAUGUAGAGCCAUAUAUGCUCCAGAACGUUAUGCUGAUUACUACAGCAGUACAUAAACUGCUCUCAGUGCUGUACAUUGGCAAUUCAUUAUAAUAGUUCCUUGAUACAUUCAAAGACAUGUCUGGGAUAUUUGAUUUUGUCUUUCAAUUCACUCGUCUGCAGAUUAUUGAAAACAUCUCUUAAGGUGGUCAAUCAUUUUAGUAAGACUGCCACCCUAAGAGAUGUUUUCAAUAAUGACAUCUGUAAAUGUGUUUUAAAUGCAUUUACAGGUGGUUUUUAAGUAUUUCAUGCUAUUUGAUUACAAUUCAGUCUCAUGUUAAUGCCAUUUGAAAGCCCCCACACACCAAUAAUACACCUCCACACGUGUUUUCAUUCCUUUUGGUUUUUUUCUUGUGUGUUUUAGAGACAUACUGACUCUCACCUUCUCUUGUUACUUGGUUUGUUCAUGUACUGUAUUUGAAUGACUGUUAGUUGUUCUUUUACUCUCAUUGUAUCACUGUAUUUCUGCUUUCACUGCUCCUGGUAGGUGACCCAAACUUCAUUAGAAACCAACCCCAACAAACCUCAUCAGUACACAACAGUUACAGUUGCAACCGUUACAACAGACUUUCUUUCACUCUCUCAGGUCUCCAUCUUGUUGUUCUUGUGUGUGCUCAUAAAUCUGACCACUAUAUUAAAACUGUGUAAAAUUAUAUGCUAAGAUAAGAUUUAAAUUUCAGCUGCUUUACAUUACAGCACUCUCUGAAUGGCACACUCGCGUGUAUGGUUGAGUGGUGACUUUCACUUUUCCAAAGAUGUUUAAAAAUAAAAUAUAUAUAUUUGAAAUAUAAAAAAAAAAAACUUUAAACAAAAAUUAAGCUUGUCAUGUAGUUGAUUGCACAAGUGAGUUUCUCUCUGCAGACCUUCAGGACAAAAUACAACAGUGAGACAGGAAGUGAUGUAUUGAAACUAACUUUAGUUACACGUGGACGUUCUUAAGUAUGCAUUUUUGCACAUAAAUCUUAAAACUCAAGUAGGAAAAUGAACAAAUAUACACAUGAAAAAUUCUUAUAUGCCCAUUUUUUAUAAUACUCAUUGGUAUGUCAUCAUUGUCCUGAAAAGCUUUGAAAUUAAGUCCUGUUCAGGCCUCUAGUUUCUUUCUUUGCUUUAAUUUAGUUUCAAACCUGUAAAAUUCUUUGUAUUACUUUUAAGAAGGUGUAGGUUAUAAAACAUUCAGGCUUCAGAUAUACAGUAUUGUUCUUGUUCAUCGUUCCAGCAUAGUGCCCUCUCUCCUUACCUGUAUAACAACUAAAUUACAUAUAACAUUAACAUUAUUAAAUGUUAAAGUACAUCAGAACAGCAACAAUAAGCAUAUAUCAAAAUUGAUUUUCCUCACUAACACCUUUAACUGAAGAUAGGUCUUCUUCCUCUGUAAUAUUCUUUGUCCUUCCAUCGUCUAUUUAAAAACAUCUGUUGAGAAAGUCACCCUGAGCAGCUGGAGUGUAUUCUUUAAUUGUACAGUUUUUCUUUCAAUGUUGGAGGGGUGGAAAUGUUUCCAAACAGUAACAUUUUCCACAAUUAGUGCUUUGUUUUUCUGUGAAAAACUGUUGUCUGAUCAGUUAACCUUUUCACUCAUUUCACACAUUUCACCCAAGUUUUAUUGUAUUAAAGCUAAUGGACUGCCAGUAGACAGACUGUGUAUGUGCACUUACCACAGGCAUGUACAUGGAAUGACAUUAGUGUUGAAAUUAUAGUAAGUGUUAGAUAAAGUAGUGAGAAUACUUUGGACCAUACAGUAGGUCUAGCAACACAUUGGCCCACUAAACAUUGUAAAUUGUCUCAAGAUUCAAAAAGAAAGUGUGUUUCUAAUUUAUUUUUCUUUUAAACAUGUUUUUUUUUCAUAUAAUUGGGCAUUAUACUGCAUGAGUGGAUUUUGUGUUAUGGUUGUAAUGUAAGCUAUGAAGCAAAUACCAUGUUCAUGUCAUUGUAAGAUACUGUAUUUAUACAUGCUGACAGAAUAUACAACAUUUUAUCGAUUAUCUUGGUAUAGACAAUCUUGUACAGUCAUUGUCAUUUAGGAUAAAAUUGUAUUUUCUCCAAUUGUAAUCAUUUUAUUGGUGCCAUUAAAAGAAAAGGUCAAUCUA